CAAGAGUAGUCACAAUUUCAGCAGAGAGAAGCCUACUAUGCCCCUAGUUCUUGCAAGGGACGCUCUGCCAGACGGGCAACAGCAAAAUAUCCCAUUACCAUAACUCUUCACACAUCCUGGAGCAACACAGCCAACGGGUUAUAGUGGUUAUUGGUAUAAAGUCAUUGCUAUGAAGACACAGCAACCAGCCUCAAGACUUAAGAAAACAAUGAGCAUCCAUUUUGUAAGCCUCAUUUUCAUAUGGCUGCUGCCACUGACAGCAAGUAGCGCAGUGACAUCUGGCCACAAUAAAAACCUUACUGAUGCCAUGACAGAAACACAGGAAACACCAAAUAAGUUCACUCAUGACCAGCUGACAACACAGGAGGCGUUCAGCUCAAACCCACUGUCAGAGGUCUCAGGUCCUAACAUGACACCGUCUAUCAAAGUUGAUGCAAAUCCAGCAGAGGAAAAAGCUACAAACUCCACCACUAAACCUUCACUGCAAAGUACUCUAACAAUGCCUUCAAAGACAACAGCAGCAACUCCAACCAAUUCCACUGAUUCUCAGUUCAACAGCUCUACAGUCAUAACAUCAGCAAUAACCAUUGCUACCAGUCACACCAGCAUCCCAACCACAGCUACAAGGGUACCGUCAGUACUGAGCAGCUCCACUCAAAGCCCAUUCAGCAGUGAUAAAAUGACCCAAUUAUCUACACGUCCAACAUUGUCUACAGAACUUAUCUCCACCACAACCAGUUCUACCAAGCCUGGUGAAUACAAAUCUACAACCACAAGCCAUGUCACGCAUGGUGCUAUGCAGCCAACAGGUUUAUACAAAACUUCAGUUGCCACAAAAAAGACACCAUUUAUCCACAUCAACAAGGCAAAGGAAAGACAAGAUCCUCUACAAAAAAAAGCAACGCUCAAUAAGGGCACAGACCACAGUAAAGCAGUGGCAGGGCUGAUAGGUGGAGCCCUGGUACUGAUGAUGGUAGGAUUCCUACUCAUCUAUAUAAAGCAAUGGAACCUUCGGAGGCAGCAGAUAACAACUAGUGACUGGGCAGGUCCUUCACCAUUUCUUGAGGGUGGAGCCGACAAUGGCCAGGUCACACUGAGGUCAUCGAACCGAAUUUCUCUGUCUAGCUUCCUGCCUCAGAGCCUCACCAAAAGGUUGUCCAUGCUCCCAGACACAGAUGAGGAGUUAGAAGACAUGACACAAGGUACUACAUUUGGUCGAGAGGUGGAUGGAAAUUAUGUACAAGAAAGCAAUGGGACUGCUGUAGUUGUUCCAGAAAUGAAAAGUACAGGAGAUGCUCCAGAGAGGUUGAAAACCCUGUCUCAGUGACCUCUUCACAAAAGAGCAACCUGGUGUACACAGAUAACAAUGUGGAGGCUGCAAACCCCAAAUAAGACCAAUCAAUAAAACCCCUGCUCUAUGCCCCAGGACAAUUGAACUAUGACUUUGAGCAACCAUAAUUAAACUUAAGCUCCAAAGACCACAACACAUCCACUUUCACUGGCUUCAAGGCAGCAACAAAUAUGACUGAGAACACAGUAAAAUAACAUGUCAUCGUCUGAGGAAAUCAUGACAAGAGAGAAGCAAUAUUCAUCUAGGUCACUACUGCAAAAUUAAAACAACAACAACAAAAACCAUUACAGUAUAGCAAGAACAACAAAAGGAAAAUGUUAUUAAGUAACCCCAAGUGUCAGAACUACAAGUAAAAAAAGCAUUUUUUCAUGUUGUCAGAUCCUCAAUUUUGGAAGCAUAUGAAUGCCACACCAGGGGACAAAAUGAACAGUAUCAAGUAAUAAUAUGAAAAGUUGUUAUAAGGAGAUGUCUUCAUGUUAGAACAAGAAGCUUUUCUUGUAAAAACAAAAAAAAAGAAGAAACUUCUCUUGCUAUAACAGUGUAUUUAUUUAUCUUGUUAUAACAUGAAACUUUUAACAUGAAAAUAUCUUGUAAAAAUGUGAAAAACAAGAAACUUUUUUUUUUUUUUCCCUUUUUCUGCCUUGGCAGUUCUACGCUUUCGUACUCAUGUGUGAUGCACAGGUCAUAAGUCAGGCUACUUGGAGUCUUCACUGUAAGUCACCCUGGUUGUAGCUAACUACAGGCAGGGUAAUUGUGUCUCUGUCCAUCACCACUGCAGGGAUUCUCACACAAGACCCCUGCUAUAUUUUCUUUAUCGUCAUGUGAAAAUGUCACCCAGACCUGAAGAGUGUAAAUUUAAAAUGCUUUCUUCCCAACAUGUCUGCCCUCUCCGACCUGUGAUGAGUGCUUAUGGAGAAAAUAUAAGCAUAUGAUGCAUGCAAGCACCUUUGUAUUCAUCUUGCAUGUGAUGAAAAGUAGAAGGUCGUGUGGUGGUGAGAACAGUUAUUAGGUAACAACAUACUGUUUAACAAACAACUAAUAGCUGUGCCAUAAUGCAAUGCUUGCAUUUUCUACAUAUUGGCUUAGGUGUGAGAUUAUGUGAAUACAAAAAAAAAAAUCCUGAAUCAUGUUUUAUCUGACAUACCAGUCAGUCGAAGUAAUUGCAAAUAUUUGUUUUUCUCACUGAUUUGCUAUCUGCAGAGUAAUGUAGCAUUUACAGUUGACAAGUAAGAAGGGUCAGUAUCCUGGGCCCUCUGUAGUUUAUAUAGCAGGUUUCAAAACUUUCCAAACAUUUCUCAAGAGCUAGUUUCUCAAUAUCUGACUUGUAGAUUAGUUAGUCAUAACUGAAUUUGUUUUGUGAAGCUUGUGCUUUGAGUCCGAAAAAAGGGGAUUUUCGAAUAUCUGCUUUCAAGGGAGUUUUGCUCCUCAUAGUGAGCCAGUGGAAGUGUGGGCACCACCAUCAAUAGAAACCAAUGGCAACAGGACUGUCAGCCAGUACUCCAUUUUCCUCAGGCUUUGCACUUUUUAGCUCCCAGCUGCACCUACUGCGGACUGUCAGUCUUUAUAUGGCAAACAGAAGUAGACUACUCAUAUAAGGCUUUGUAAGAAAACAAAACACUAGAAUGAACUACACAAAAUGAAAACUUGUGGAAUUGCAAGGCAAGUAGAUUCACUGUAGUUUGUUUAAUUGGCCUUCAUAAAUAUGAUAGUCAUCAUUAGCUUAUUUGUUAGUGUUAGUGAUUAAUUUUUGGUGUGAAUCUGGAUCCAGAUUAAAAAAUUGCCACCAUUACUAUUGGUGCAGCCUAAGCCCUGGGGUCUGGUUUGGUUUACUGAGUCCUUUUUAAUUUAAUUUGCAAUCAAGGGCAUAUCAGAAAUGGGUGGAAGUGUAAGAUGGGAGGGGGAACUGCUCAGUGCCACAGUGGGUUAAUGGUUUCAGAUGUUAAGUGCUCUGCUCCAUGUGGUUAUGCGGUUUUCACAGCGUGUCAUUUCUAGGCUAUGAGUCAUAAGAAGAGUAUGUAGGUGUAUUUAAUCAAGUUGUUUCUUUGCAAGUUAGUAAUAAUCAUGAUUGUUUUGUUCAAAUUUUGUUAGUGUAGAUUUUGUAUAACUUUAAGUGGUUUUGAGUUUCUUGUGGCUGUGCUUUUGAACGUAAAAUUAAAAGGAAAUCUACUUCCAACUAUCAAAUAAUUUUACAGCUGAUCAUUAACUGGUUGCCUCAAAUUACUUUAACAUGGCAGACCAAAAACAAAGUGAACGACUUCACUGCAAUCAGGAUAACAGCAUAUAGCUAUUUUAGCUAAACCGAAACCAUAGUCAUACUUAAUAGUCAUUUUACUGACAAAGGGAGGAACCUAACACAUGAACUGAUGCUCUGUUUACUUUCUGAUUCCCUAUGAGCAUGGCCACGAGCCAAGAAAACUAAAAGUGCUUCCAGCCAUGUGCUACCUUCAUUCUGGAGUGCCAGCAGUGGAAUGUUCUAGUCAGACAAAAGUGAUUUUGUGAUGUUUAAUGAAAUAAAAAUUAAGAGUUCAAA